AUGAUGAAGGACACAACAGAGGAGAAGCAUUCGGGAGACGAAGAAAACCAGGAAGAUGAAGACGAAGAUUUCGAGAUUGAGGCGAUUGUGAAGGCUAAAGGCAAAGGAGCGUCGAAGCUAUAUUUGGUACGCUGGAAAGGAUACGGACCAGAACACGAUCUUUGGCUUCCAGAAGACGGGCUUGAUUCGGCGCCGGAUUUGCUGAAGGAAUUCAAAGCAAACGAGGAAGCGAAAGCACGACGGCCUCUCAAAAAGCGUACGCCUCCACCUGCGUCGAUCUCGGAUCCGGAGUCCGACGACGAGCCAGUUUCGAAACGAGGGAAAAAAGCACGAAGUUCUUCUGAAUCCGACGCAGAAUCAUACCGGAGCUCUUCUCGUAAGAAGAAACAAAGUGGUCGCGGAUCUGCUCGAAAAUCUAACGCUUCCAGCAGCAGUAAUAAACGGACUUCGCGCGGUACGGAGAAGGAUCGCUCGCCGAUUCGACCACUGAAAGUGCAAGUGAAGAAUGUGAAAGAGCUUGGGUUUAUUGCGAAAAGCUGGCUCGAUGAUGCUAGUGAUGAUGAAGACGAAGAAAAGAAAGAGAAGAAGACCAGGAAGAGCAAAUCUCCGGAACUUUUUAAGUCCCCGGAACAUAUCAAGGCAAAGAUGAGUACACCCCCCAAGAAGACGCCAGUCCCGGAAAAAGAAAGCGAUGAUCAACUCAAUACUUCUAAAUCUUCGUCGAAUCAUCGGAUAGAUCGCGACGUUGAAACACUACCUAUCUACUGUAUCAAAAAAUUGACCGAAUGCAAAAACGGAGUGCAUACGGCUUCCGUUAUAAUCGAUGGGCGACAUUGCGUUGAAACUUUGGAAGAUGUAUGGGCGCGCCAUCCGAAUGAACUCCUUUCGUACUUACUUUCCCGUCACGAUUUUGCCGCCAAA